ACUUUUGAACUUCUUGCACUCAUGAAGCUUCUUCAAUGUCCUUUCAGGUCGAAAUUCCAAGACAAUUUAGUAACCAAUUUUACCAGAUCCAAACUAUUUAAGAUCACUCACCUCUUCAUUGAAGCUGGAUGAUCCAUGGAGGAUUGAGGAUUCCCGAAUGAAAGAUUCCCUUAUCCGCUUCGCAAUCCGAUGGCUAAAUGGGUAAUCAAAAAGGGGUGCUGGACGCGUUCCGCCAAGAUUUAUGCAAUUUGGUCCGUCUGCGCCGUAAUUUUCUAUUGUUUCUUCCAGAUAGCUCUGCGGAAUUCUUCGUCUCACAAGGAUAGCAGUUCUCGUGCAGAUUCUGGUUCUUCAAUGGCAUAUGCCGAGCAGAGAUCCAUACUAUAUUCAAAAAUGGCAAAAGAUUUGGAUGAGAAGGGAGCUGCUUUUCUCAAACAAGGAGAAACUUCUCAGUCUUUAUCUCUAUCAGAUCUUUUUACUCUGAAGGAUGGAAUUGUCACUCCUGUUCUUAGGCCUGCAGAUCCUCCCGUGCGAGCAAAUGUGCUGUAUCUGAGUACUGAGUAUUCUGUCCCAAUCUCGGAGGCUGUGAAGAAUGUAUUUUCACCAUAUUUUGAUAAAUCAAUCUGGUUUCAGAACUCUUCCAUGUACCAUUUUAGCAUGUUCCAUGCUUCACACCACAAGACUCCUGUCCCUGUAACAGAAACAGAGAUUGAAGCUGAAGCUAAUGCCGUUGAAGGUGUUGCAGCUACCAUCUGCCCAUUGAAUAUUGUCCUCGAUCGGGUGAUUUUGACCUCAACAGGUGUAUUAUUGGGUUGUUGGCAGGUGGCCUCAGGCAACGAUCCGGUAACUAUUCGUGCAAAACUAAAAGCUGCUCUUCCACGCGCUCCACAAAAUCAGCUUUAUGACGAGGCAAUGCUUCAUACAUCAUUUGCAAGGCUUUUGGGUCACCCAAAGAAGUUUCCCAAGGACGAAAAUAAAUCAGAGCUCCAGAUUUUUCAUGACCUUGUGAGCAAGCUAAACAGCCAAAUUCAGGGAACAAAGGCAACAGUUUCUGAGCUGUGGUACGUGGAAGAGCUCGAUCUGCUGGCUUUGGCCUUGGACGGAAGAAUGAAGACAAGGAAGUUUCAACUUGCGUGUUCCCUAGCCUAGCCUAGCCGACGACCUCUUAGUCUUAUUUCGACUACAAUAAUCAUAAUCCCACUGGUUCGGUUUGGUAUUCGAUUCUACGCAAUUCACCGAGCAUUGUAAUACAUAAAGGAGAGCGCGCACACACAUAUAUGUAUAGAUGUAUGUGUAUGUAUAGAUUAUAGAGGGAUGAUGAGGAGAAGCUUUGCAAAUCAGGCAACAUUGAGGAUGCCUUGGUUGUAAUCAAUUUUAUGGAUGUUAAAAUUGUAUUGUAAAUUUGUUGAAACGAUAGAA